AUGUCGGCCUCUAUACAGCGCAUCGCAGCAGCAGCAGUGCAUGCAGUAGGUGAAGUCAACCUCGCACUAGCACAUCUGAAUUUCGAUUUUUCCCUGGUCAAGUACGAAGUUCCCACCGAGCUGCAGCCCAUCGGGCAACAUCUCUCCAAAGCCCGGAAACAGUCAGCUGAGGAAGGGUCAUUCCACAUUCUGGCCCGAAGACUAGGCGUGUUAUUUCAAGAUGUCCUCCCCGAGGUACCUGCGCUGCUGGAGGCGUAUGGCACCCGAGUGACCGAAAUCGUGCAGGAAACGACGGAUACAGUGGAUCAGCCAAAAGGUCUCGCAGAAACCUUCUUUGGAUCACAUUUUGGAAUUGAUUACACGACGAUCUGGGCCAGUGCAACGAGUGGCAGGCCUGCACUUCGAAUGCAUCUUUUAGCGUGCAUGCUAGCUCGGAUCUGGUCUCCGCAGGAAGCGACGGCCAUCUGGGCCGAGCUAGUCAGUCAUCGGCAGAUGGAGAUCAAACAGCAGGCGGCCAUUUCGGGAGACAUCGCGGGCUAUACUUUGGCACAGGCAGCGGCAUCCCACGAGAUCAGCCGCUCCUCACUGAGCAGUUGGGAUGCCAGUGCCCGUGCUUGGCUUGAAGUGGCCGACAGAGCCUGUGCUGCCGGGAAUCAUAAAGGCCAGGCUGCAUCCAGCAAGGAGAAUUCUUCUGAUAGCGUGAUCCAGAACCUCAGCUGCGCUUUGACUGCUCUUGACAAGUUAAUCAGGGGAGAGCCUCAGCGGAUCAUUGACGGCGGGGUUCUGCUUGGCCUCACUUCCUGGCAUAUUUACCCAGACCUAGUAGUCCUGGGCUCGGUUACGCGAGAGAUUCGUCAGAAGGAUCCGUUGGUCCAAGACGGCGGGAUCGUCACCAUAUCGAUCGCUUCCCGUUCUGAUUCAGACCGGUCUAGGUCCCCAAACGGAGUCUACUGGUCCCUGCCCCUGGCCAGUCUUCGAUACUAUGGAACUGUCCUACGGGAGCGCUCGACCAUGCAUGACUCUAGGUUGACCAUAGCACAGCUACAGGCUCUCGCCUUGGGGGCUUCCUUGGAUUCGCUUGCGCAUGCAUCAAUCGCCGGGAAAAUCUUCAAGCUACUGUGGGCCAUGUUUCACAGUCGCUAUCAGGUGCAACUGCGAGAGAGCAAGGGCGACGCGCUGCCAUUAUCCGGCAAGUUUUCGGAUGCAAUGAAUGAGAGCGUCCUCGGUUUCAAACAUAACAUGAAGGUCUUGCAGCUGACAUAUGCCUUCAUGGACGGAAUAGACCUUUUAUCCUCAGAGGACGAAACCGAAAGAAAAGUUGCCGUUCAGCUCCUAAAGUAUGGAGCCAACUACGGAAAAUCGUGGAUCGGAGCUGACGGCAGUUCACCGCAAUCAUUCUUCGGAUUAGCAAGUCUGCCCUCCAUUCUCCAUAUGGUCAGCAGCCUGGAGGUCCAGGUGGAAACUUUGCGAAGGAUGUGUUCAGAAUACUCUCUGGAUGAUGCUCACCACAUCAUUCGUCUUCGUACCGCAGAGGAUGGCUGGAUAUACGUAUCCAUCAAGGCGACAGCGAACCCAGACAUCACUCGGAGCGGUGCGAAACGAAAGCGUAGCGAAUACGAAGGAGAGACGCCGGGUAUCGACCAGCGACUUCACGUUCAGGACGGUGAGAGCUGGGUUUGCUUCCCGCCCUCGGGAGACGUGAGUAGCGGCCAACACGGCGUUGCCCUUGAGGAGCUCUAUGCCAAUGUGGAACAACUUGCAGAAUCGCAACUGUACGCACAAGCAGCAGAAGAACCUCGUGCAAGUCAGAGUGACUUGAGGGAGCCCCUUUUGAGUGACGCUAUAUUCUACGAAUUGUUGGACGGCAAUCCGGACUUUGGUCGGUAUGUGUACUUUGACUUUGUUAUGGGCGUGCACAAUCUCGCGGCAGUGUACUCCAGACGGCCAGAGGGUGAAACGCCAUUGCAGCAAAAGACGCCAACCACCGUUCCUCUAGUCUUCCUUCACAGCUUGCUAGAGAGGAAUCUUAUACGUGCGGACAUUGCAGCUCGUUAUGUCUAUGACUACUUCGACACAGAGCGAACCUCUCAUGGCUAUUCUUUACUCACACUUGGGAGAAUCAUGGACUACUACAAGCGGCAUCUACCACGGACUACCGCCUCAAUCAACAUCAUCAAGAAGCCCUUAAAUUUAUGGAAGUGGACGGCUUCGCUUGUCUCCGAACUUGAAUUCCUGCCAAUAGCGGCGUACCAACAAGCUCGUGAUGGCCACGUACAAGGCACAAUCUACCCGAGCCCUUUGUCCCGCGAGCAUGCGUUCGCAGCGAUCUUGCAACUCGAGUCUGGCACAGUCAACGUCGAUAGUACAGACCUUACCCGCGUAAUGGCAAUCUCGAGUGGAAACUCCCUUUUCAUUGCCAAACGACUGCUUCAUGACCCCAUUCCUUCGACUGAGAUGACCUCAUGCGCGGUGGCCCACGUGGUCGGCAAUGUAGGUAAGCCCGGUAUCUCAUUGCUAAUUGCACCACUCGAGCUGGAAAUCCGAAAACAUGAUCUUGAACGAUGGCGUUUCAUCAAUCACUUUCCCUUCGAUGGGUCCCCGGCUGGUGGGAGAUUCGAAGGCACAUCCAUCCAUCUGUCGUUUACAGGUUUCGAAGCCCCGGUCACACUUGAAUCCUCCAGUUAUCGUGAGAUGGAGGCCUACUACUAG